AUGUAAAGCACAGUGAAGGAAUGAACAAAGUGCUGGAGAGAGUCUUGUAGGGCUUCUUCAUCUCUCUUCUAAGUUGGCACUGUUGGUGUGAGGAGUCAGGAAUGCAGAUGAACACCUCCACAAUGAACAAGACUUUGAUAUUGCACCUGUUCCUGCUGAGCCUGGUGGUUGGCAGCAGCCAAGGGUGCUACUGUGAACAUUACCCAUGGGGGCCAUGGUCCAGCUGUUCAAAAACCUGCAAUUAUGGCACACAGACAAGGCACAGGCAAAUAAGAGUGGAUGAAUAUUAUAACCAAAACUUCUGUGACCGGUUGUGUACAAAGAUGGAAUCUCGUGCUUGUAACCAGCAAACAUGUCCUAUCAACUGUCAGCUUGGAGACUUUGGACCUUGGUCAGAAUGUGACCCAUGCAUUAAAAAACAAUUUCGUGUUCGAACACUCUUGCGACCAUCUCAGUUUGGGGGUCAGGCCUGCUCCGAGCAACUGGUGGAUUCCCGCCCCUGCUUUCCAGCCAAACUCUGCAACAUAGUGGAGGUCAACUGCAAGAAUAAAUUCCAGUGUGAAAGUGGUCGCUGCAUUGCAAAAAAACUGGAAUGCAAUGGAGAAAAUGACUGUGGGGACAACUCUGAUGAAAGAAAUUGUGGGAGGAAAAAGACAGUGUGUGGCAGAAGGUUUGAAAGCAUCCCCAGUGUGCAGUUAAUAGGCAAUGGAUUUCACAUUUUGUCAGGAGAGAGCCGAGGGGAAGUCCUUGGCAAUUCAUUCAAUGGAGGAGAAUGCAGAACUGUGAAGCAUAACGAGACAAGGAUAUUAUAUCGUAUUCCUGCAAACCUGAAGGAUGUCAGCUUUCAGGUAACAAAUGAAGAGGAUGAUGUAAAAUCACAUUUCUACAGAGAUUUAACUCACCUGAGUGAUGGUGAUCAGCAAAGUAGUUCAUUCUCUCAUGAUGCUCAAAAAAGAUUUAGCAUUCCAAUACUAUUCUCAAGAAAGAAACGGGUUCAAGUCACAUCAUCUUCCUCCUUCAAGAAAGCCAUAAAAGCCUCACAAGAAAAGAGUUCCAACUUUGUUAGAGUCCAUAAAGUCAUCUCUGUUGCAAGCUUCACAAUGAAAGAGUCAGAUCUGCAGCUUUCAGAUGUCUUUCUAAAAGCACUUAACCACCUGCCCCUGGAGUACAACUAUGCUUUAUACAGCAGAAUAUUUGAUGACUUUGGCACUCAUUACUACACCGCUGGGAAGAUGGGUGGUUCCUAUGACAUUCUUUACCAGUACAGUUCAGAUGAAUUGAAGAACUCAGGUCUGACAGAGGAUGAAUCAAUGGACUGUAUCCGAACAGAAACAUCGUGGCGUGUGCUCUUCAUAAGGAGGAAGAAAGUCAAUACCAGAUGCAUCACAAACAAGAUGACUGUGAAACAUGAAGGUUCCAUUCUGGAGUCAGCUGAACAGUCCAUCUCUCUGGUCAAAGGUGGCAGGUCAGAAUUCGCUGCAGCUCUGGCCUGGGAGAAAAAGGGAUCUUUUCCAGGGCAUCCAGUCUUCACAACAUGGCUGGAAUCAACAAAGGACAAUCCCAUAGUGAUUGACUUUGAGGUGUCAUCCAUUGUGGACCUGGUGAAGAACGUGCCGUGUGCCGUGACCAGGCGUCGCAACCUCAGGAGAGCCCUGAGGGAAUACGCAGCCAGGUUUGACCCGUGCCAGUGUGCCCCAUGCCCCAACAACGGCAAGCCCAUGCUUUCUGGGACGGAGUGCCUCUGUGUGUGCCAGGCUGGCACCUACGGCAAGAACUGUGAGAUCCGUGCUCCAGGUUAUGAUUCAGUUGCUGUAGAUGGCCGCUGGAGUUGCUGGUCUGAAUGGAGCCCAUGUGACACUUCCUUCAAGAGAAGAAGGACCCGGGAGUGUAAUAACCCAUCCCCGAUGAAUGGUGGAAAGCCCUGCAAGGGUGAACAAGAAGAAGAGGAGGACUGUCAUGUCUCUGUGUUCAUGGACAAAGGGGCUCCCUGUAUUAAUGAUGAUGAGGCAAGAAGAGAAGAGGAUAUCAUAACUGGUGAACCUGAGUCUGGAUGCUCCAGGCCAGACGCACCAGAAAAUGGAUUUAUAAGGAAUGAAAAGAACCAGUAUGAUGUCGGGGAAGAAGCUGAAAUAGCCUGUGUGAGUGGUCAUGUCCUCAGUGGCUAUCAGUUCCUUCGGUGUCUGCCUGACCAAACCUGGACACAACAAGUAGUUGAAUGCCAACCCGCAGUAUGCCUCAGGCCACCGAUAUCUGACAGUGUCACAAUUUCCCCAUUUAAGCAACACUAUGACAUUGGUGAAACCAUGAGGCUAAGCUGCCAGGCUGGGUUUAUAGUCACUGGUCAACAACAGUACACUUGUGGAAAAGACCUGUCGUGGAUCCCACCUGUUUUGAGACAUAUUACCUGUGAAAAAGAUGAACAAACUAAGAUUAGAGGGUUUUGCGAUCCAGGUCAAAAACAGGUUGGAUCUGAAUGUGUUUGUAUGUCUCCAGAAGAGGACUGUGGCCACUACUCAGAAGACAUCUGUGUACUACAUGCUGUUUCUGAACAGAACAUGACGAAGUCCAGCUGCCAAUAUUCAGCUGAAAUGUGCCUUGGAGAGCAGUCAUUUCAUUUCUUGCAUGCUGGCCCUUGCCUCGGUAAUACCAACAUACACUGGGCUAUUGAAAGGGCAAAGCUCUCCACAAAUAGCAUGAAGAAAGUGCCCUGCGGCUAUGACACCUGCUAUGACUGGGAGUACUGUCCAGAGACGCGGACCCAGUGCUCCUGCCUGAUGCCUUACCAGUGUCCCAAAGAAGACAGACGGCUUCACUGCAUCCAGAUGGAGUCAACAGGGAGAAGGAGGACAGUUGGUUAUUGCAUGCUGGCAGCCAUGAAGUGUUCUGGCAUCAAACUGGAGGUGCUGGAGGAGAGGCGCUGCCUGGGGUAAACCGAUGUCUCUCCUGGUGGCCACCACCAACAUCCCACUACGCAUGGGCUGAGCCACGUUGGGGAAAACUUGACUGGUUAUGAAAGGACAAAUGGAUCAAAAAGGAUGCAAAAAAAUAGAGCUCAUUUAGUGGGAAAAUGGUGGCAGUGGGUUUUUUAUUUCAAGAAGAUGAUGUGGGGUUUGAGAUAUGGGGAUACUGCUCUCACUGUCAGUAACUCUGCGUGUGCAGAGGGAGGCAAGUGAGAGAUGGGCACAGAGGAAGGGGAGUGCUGCCUCUCAUUUCCCUGGUGCUGGAUUAGACUUUUCCUUUCCUCAGCCAUUUGUUGCUCCCUCUCUGCACUGGUGACUGCUCUGCACCCUGGUCAUUUUGCUGGCUGAGUGCCUGCUGGGCAAAUCAGGCACUUCAGCAUCAUUGCACAUUCCCUCUGACACCUAACAGGUUCUUGACAGAGGCUACACGUAUGGGCACUCACCAUGCAGAUUCAGGGAGCAAUACAAAAUACUGAAAACCACAAAUACACAGUGAUUGAGCGAAGUCUUCUUCAAAAGUGUGAGUUUUUUUUUUUUAAAUCGGUGUAACUGAAGGGAGGAAGGGUUUGCUUUCUGGGUUUGUUUGUUGGUUUUGAGCCCUAGGCUCAGGAUUUUACAAAACAGAGGAUUAGAAACCUGCCUUCCAAGCAGGGGAAAGCUGAAAGUCAGUUUUUUUCCACCAGCAGUCAGCAAAACAAUGAAAAUCGGGGGGGGGGGGGGGGGGAAGCAUCCAGUGUCCAUCCAUGAAUAAUGUGCCUUAUGCAUAACUGUCACACCUACCCAGAAGCCGGGCAGAGUCACUUGGAAGCAGGGAGUGGGCUGUAUAUGAAACGAUUAUUUCCCCUUUAAGAAGGUAUUAUACCCCUGCAUUUGGGAUGCUGCCAAUCUCCCUAAAUCUACAGUAGCUAAUUUCAACUGGAUGGAGCUCAAGGAAGAGAAGCAAUGAAUCCUUCAGCUAAAUACAAUGAAGCAUUAUAUUUUCUUGCUUAAAAUGUACUAAAAAUGAUUUUAAUAAAAAGAUAGAUUUGCUCUUGUAGUUCUGUACAUUUUUUUUUUCCCAAUGGAAGAUUUAUACUAAUAUGAUGGCAAUGGUCUGGGGGAGGGUUGCAAAUUUGAUUGUCCCUGGCUUCUGUUUUUUGUACCCUUAUUUCAUAUUGCUGUUCACAUCUUGUAGGGAAAUAAUCACUCAGAAUGACUUCCUCACCCUCAACAAGCACUGAAGAUUUCUUGCUCAUGGCCUUCUAACCUCAGUACUGGCUUUUCAUUACAGGACUAUGACUUCAGUGUGACUGUCUAGCAGUGUUUGCUGCAAUGGGGGGAUUUUUAUUCCCUGAUGCUUCUCACCAUAACAAAUUGCCAGAUAAAAUUAUUUCCUGGCAAACAGAAGGCAAAUGAUGGCUCCCUGACUGCCCCUGUUUCUCUGACACCUCUAGUCUCAGAGUGGUUGUGUGCUGUGUGAGCGUUCAUAUUAAGACUUGCAUUGUUAUCUCUUGCUGAUGGGGAUAACUCCCACAGUUUCUGUUUUACAGCUGAGCAUUAUUGCACAGAGGGAGACAUCACCUGCUGAUCACUAAUAAGGUGGUGAUUCAGCCAUAACCUGAAUCCAAAGGAAAUUUUCAGCUUGCUGAAAUUAGUGGGAGUUUUGCUGUUGGUUUCUGUGCAGUCAGGAUGGCACUUGCAAUGACUUGAGACUCAUUGCUAUGUUCUGUGACGGGGUCCCCAACCCUCACAUCAAAGACUGCAGUUUUUGAAUGUUUCCUGUAACAUACAUCUUUUUUUAUUGGAAUAAGCUUUCUUCUGCUGCUGUGAUAACAUAUUCAGUAAUGAUAGAGCUUUCCUGUUCACUGGUGGUAGGAAAUGCCUACCCUCUUCUGCCAUUUUAAGCUCCAAGUAACAUUAUCUGGUUUGAUGGAUUGUUGCCUUGGGUCAUAAAUUAUAAUUGGAGAAGAUGAAGCAACACCUGAACUGAAUCUGUCAGGGUAACCAGGGUCACGUGGACCUUACCAAUUCUCAAAGGACAGCUGUUUCAGUAAUACAACUUCUCCACUGCACAGAAAAAUCUUGCCUGUUUGUUCUUAAUGUCAAAGAGGGAGGCAUUAUCCAAAAUGAAUAUAAUGAGCCUUUUCACUGACGCAAGAAGUUCCAUACAACGUCCCAGCAUAUCUAAUUUUUCUCUAGCACAACAGUAUGUGGAGUGUACAUAGAAUACACUUACCACAGCUUAACAGCUGAGGCAUGAUUCAAUGGCUGGACAAUUAGCAGCUGCUGUUCUGUGCUUUUGUAUAAAUAGUCAUUGCAAUUGUAAUGUAGAAUGCAAAAUUUGACCAAAUAUAGAAUAGAACUGAAUAUAUAUAUAUAUAUAUAUAUAUUGUUCAAGUUUGUCCUUAUGCAUCUCCAGAAAGGGGUAAUCCAGAGUUUGCUUCCAUGAAGUUGAAGGUGGGGUAGGUGCAGGUUUCAGUUGUACCUGGAUAACUUUUAAGAGAGAGCCUUUGCAUAUUUAUUGCAGUUUCAGUUUCCUAUUACAGCUACAAGAGAAAAAAAAAAAAAGGCACUAAAUGUUUGAGUCCUGCUGUCUUUAUUUCAGCUGUUAUAUGAGAGGUAGGUAUCUCUUAAGAAUUUGGUACAAAACAAAUGGUGACUAUCAAACACAUAUGCAAGAUACAUGUGCAUGGAAAGUUAAGCGCAUGAAGCCAGCACAGUAGAUUGAGUAACAAUGCUUUUCCUAGUGCCAUUUUCCCACUGAGUGAUAAACAGGAGGUGACAUCAGGUGCUUGUUCCUGCUGGGUUCCUGCAGACCUCACUGCCAUCCAACAUGCUCCUCAGCUGACACUCAGGGAUGCACCUCCAACAGCAGCAUGAGGUGUGGUGUUCAUGAUAGCUCCAGUUCAACAUAUUUGGGAGAAAAGAUCCAUUACAUUUUCUGCUUAGAGAGCCCUGAGUAGUAGGCUUUAGGUAGCUGUGUCAGAAAACAGCUGCUUCAGGUGCAUCUGUGACAGAACUGAUUCAGCUCUGAUGACAUUUUAUGGGAUAAAGAUGCUACUAAUAAUAUUGUCUGUCACUUAAAACUUAAGUGUAUUUAACAAACUCUCUGCUCAGAGGGGUGAGUUUAUUAAAAAAGGGUCUUUCAGACAGCUCUAAUGGCUCUGAGGGUUUUUGUGUGGGUAGGUCUGAAGACUUCUGUUGUUGAGGGGUUUGGGUAAGCUGAUCUUCCUUGAUUUCUGGGAGUGAGAUGCCUCUAAAGGUGUAUGUCAGAUUCUAUGGUAGUCAUAUUUGACUGUCCUUUUAGUCAGGGGAAUAGAGAAACCAACCCUUAGAAGGCAUGAUUUCUUUUGUCUUAAGCAGACUCCUAAAAACAGGCCAGGUGAGUCAUGCCCUAAAGGUGCCUGUCUUCCUGAGCUGACUGUAAAGAAGUGGGAUGUGACUAGGCCAGAUACAAUUUUGUUGUUGUUGUUGUUAUAGA